ACCACGCCAAAGAAAUACGCGCUAAUCUGAGACAACUUGGGCGCUUUUUAAAUGUUGUAAAGAAUUUAAAUCGUGAGAUUUCAGAAUUUAUUGAGAUAUAUAACCCCAUCAACUUUGAAAUUUGUCUGCAAGCUGCGGAAUCAAUUUCAAAAAUUUCAAAAAACGAUGGGAAUUAUCAGUGUCCGACCGUAGCCUUAUCAAUGGGCACAUUACUGAAAAAAGUCGGAAAGCAUGCCAAAACGUACUUAAUUAAAAACAAACUCGACAAGAAAAUCCAAGCAUGGAAAAAGUUUAUGCAUGUUCUAAACGAAGAAUAUGGAACACAUAUUAACAAAACUGCUAUCGAAAAUUUGUCGCAACUUCACAGAAGUAAACCAGUACAGCUACCAACUGCAAAUGACAUAUCAAAAUUUUACGCUUUUCUCUGUGAUAAGAGAAAUUUUUAUGCCAAGCUACUGCAGAAGGAGUUUUCUUCUAAAGCAUGGAAGGAACUGUGUUCAUAUACUUUAACAUGCAUUCAGGUUUUUAAUAGGCGAAGACCUGGAGAGAGUCAACGGAUGUUAGUAAGUGACCUUAAAAAUAUUAGAAAAGCUGACUAUGCGGGAGACCAGAUGCUCUUUAACUCACUUGACAUUAGAGAACAAGAAGCUGUAAAAGAAUUCAGUUUAAUAUUUCUCAGAGGGAAAUUAAAUAGAUCUGUAAGCAUGCUGGUAGACCAUACAACUUUAGAGUGUUUAAAUUUGAUUAUGAAACACAGAGAGCAAGCUGGAGUUUUAAAAGAAAAUCCUUAUAUUUUUGGACUGCCUGGGGAGGACCAGCAGGAAUUCAGGCAUUUGGAUGCAUGUACACUUAUGCGAAACUAUUCUAGUUCUUGCGGUUUAUCACAUCCAGAAACAAUAAGAGCUACCCUGUUAAGAAAGCACAUUGCCACUUAUUGUGCCGCAAUGGGAUAUACAGAUGAACAAAUAUCAGAUGUGGCAAACCAUUUGGGACAUGAAGAAAAAAUCCACAAGAACUACUAUCGGAUGCCAGUGGUGACAAAGGAAAUAACUCGCAUGUCAAAACUGUUGAACAACGCAUUGAUAGGUAGUGGAGAAACAAACAAAUCACCAUCUGUUCUUUCAGAGUCAGACACUCAUUUUGACAAUGAAAGAGCAUCACCAGCUGUUCUUUCGGAGUCAGACACAUAUAUUGACAAUGAAAAUUGUAGUGUUUCCAGUUAUAACUAUAACGCCAGUGAAAUCCUAUUUGAUAAUGAAGUUGUUGUAGAACAGUAUUCAGAGAGCAAUUUCGUGGAAAGUUCAGCACAGCUACUUACGGGUGAUGCAGACACUCUGUUCGAAAAUCACGUAGUUUCUGAUAGUCAUGUGGAAUGUAACGAGAACAAAAAUGGUGCAUCUGACACAGGGAUAGAUCAUAUUACCAGAAAUGAAGGACAAUAUUUGGAAACUGUAAUUUCACAGGAAAGCGUAUCAUUUUCAAAUCAUUCUUUACAGUCAAACACCAGCGAUACACAUGAACAAGAUACGGAAGUAAAUGAUAUUCUUAAAAAACCUUUCACAUUUACAGAAAAAUAUUUUAACGAAGGCAAAGAACUGAAAGUGGUAUUGGUACCAUUGGAAUUAAAAACAAAGGAGACAAGUUUUCUCAAAGAGAGGAGUAGAUAUAAGUUGUCCUCAUCCUCGGAGUCUGACUACGAUCAUGAGUCAGACAUGUCUGAACAUUCUGAGCAUGAAGUUGAAACUGAAAAAGCAACAAAAGGUUUAUCGAAAAAGCGAAUCAGACACACAUGGACGACGCCAGAAAAAGUAACUGUUAGAACUGUUUUCAGAAAUUAUUUCAAAAAAGAAAGUAUGCCCAGUCUUAAAGAAUGUCAGAAAGCAGUAAAUCUGUACCCUAAUUUAAAACACAGAACAGCACAGCAAGUCCGAGCGUGGAUCAAAUGGAAUCAAUCACAAAGCAGAAUUUCAAUCGAGCUUGAAAAAGAAGAACUGGAAGACAAUCCUGGAAAAAUUACCAGGAAAGCCUGGACUACGCCAGAAAAAUGUAUCGUAAGAAAACUUUUUGGGAAAUUCAUUGAUCAGUUAACUUUACCUACAUUUAAAUCGUGCCAAAAAGCUGUGCGUGAAUAUCCAGAACUUCAAAAUAGAACGGACAAAGUGCUGUAUGCAUACGUAAAUAAUCAAAUUAAAAAAAAACAGCGAAACGUGACUUAUGGACAUUUUUCGCCUCAGAAAGAAAAAUUACGAUCACCAUUUAAAACCAUUGUUCUAAAACAUUUUGGCCAAUACAUUUCUUCUCUAACAACCCCAACAGUGGUUGCAGCAAUGGAGAUAAUGGAGCAGCAUUCAAAGUUAAGGUACAUGAAUGUUGAAUCCGUUAUAAACACAGUGGAACACGAAAUAAGAAGAAGAAAAUUCACGCACAUAAAAAGAAAACUUGUCCUCAGUUAAUCUCAUAGGUCUCAGUAUGUCUUCUACAAUGGUUUCUCUUCUUUUACAUUUUUUUACAUCACACUAAUUAGAGAAAGCGUCAUCAAAGAUUUAGGUAUCUUUUUGGAUUGUAAGUUAACGUUUGUCUAUCAUAUUAAUCAUAUAAUAGAAAGAGCAUUUUUACUAUUAGGCUUUACAAUAAGA